ACAGAUAUUUUUAGUUGCUACCACCUAUCCAAUUCAAUGAUAACGAUUAAAAAUAAACCUCAUCAUUUUAACCAUUAAUCUAAAUUAGAACACAUUCAAACUACUGCCUUAGCUUUCUAAUCCGUUGAGAUAUAUAAUAUUUUUUUUAUUGAUACCCUAAUUAUCUCACCAAUUUUUCCUAAUUAAAUUUCUUGAAAAGUAACCUAAUAAACUUUUAUCACCUCUAAAUUAUAAUGCAACCAAUAUUCACCUUAUCAAUUUUGUCCCUCUUAUUUACUUUCAUCUAUCAAGUUCAAUGUAGAUCUUUAUCCGAAACAAUAUCUCUAAUCUCACCACCAACAUCAUUAGAAACAACUGCCUUUGUUAUCCCUCCAUCACCGUCACCAUCCAACGCCGCGGCCCCUUACAAUGAUCCCUCGUACGCUCUCUCACCAAGUUCCACCCCCAUCGCCAUGCAAGACGCAGAUGGGGAUCCCAUUGAUCUCCCCAUCACCUUCAACCCCUUUGACCUCAACCAUGAUCAACAAGAAGAAUCAUCAACCACCACCAACACGGCGGUUAAUAAUCCGGACGUAAAGAAAACUUGUGAUGCCACGGAUAAUCCCGACCUUUGCAUUUCCUCCUUAAAGCCAUUCCUCAUGCAUAAUAAUAAUGAUGGCAGUAAAAAAACGGAUACGUUCUCUUUACUUGGGAUGCAAGUUAAAGCGACGCAACAAGCCACGCAACUUGCCCUAGCCUUGAGUACUAAGAAAUUAGGGCAAACGGAUAAUGAUAUGGAUGUCCUUAGAGAUUGCAGGGAGAUGUAUGAUAAUGCUUUGGAUAAUUUAGAUAAGGUUAUAAAAGCUCUUGAAUCUAAAGAUAUUGGUACUAUUAAUAGUAUGCUAAGCGCCACGAUUUCGGAUUUUGGUACAUGUGACGAUGGAGUCAAAGAAAGUGGAGGUACAUCUCCCUUGGUUGGUUAUGGAAACAAAUUGACUGAAUUGGUUAGUAAUUGUCUUGCCACGGUUUCUCUUAUUAAGGAUGAUGGUGCGACGGCAUGAUAUUGAUCAUCAUCUGGUUCCUCUCCGGUUUCUUUUAGUUAUCGGAAUAAUUUUUACUCUCAAUACGACAUUCAAUUUACAGGAUGGAGAAUUUUAUUUAUUUUUUCUUAAUGAGAUGUUGUGAUUUGAAGAUGAGAAUUGAAGGAAAGAAUUGGGGAUAAUCCUAUCCAAAUUAAGUACCGUGUAUUUUAUACUUGUACGUCUAAUCAAUGAAUGAAGUCUAAUUCUAGUAAGGUUAAGAUUCACAGUGUCAAUUUUUUCUUUGUUAUAUGUAUUUCUAUAAGGGUUACAACAUUGACCUAAUAUACAAAAUAAUCAGG